AUGGCGCGAUUCGCCACCCUGCCAGCGGAGUUGCGCCAGCUGAUUUGGGAGUUUGCGGUUCCGGCGCGAGUCGUCGAGAUUGGAGAACCGUGUGACCCAGAUAUCUUACCAGAGGAAGACCUCAGACAAGCAUGGAUCCUUAACAGAAAGUAUCCAGCCAUUGCUCAUGCCUGUUGGGAAUCCCGCCGAAUUGCAUUGGCCAAAUUCAAGCUCCCCAAAGGUGUUACUAUUGCGCCGGAUUGCAUGACAGACGCUCGAUGGUGGUGGAACUCUACGGAGAUUAUUCACUUCAAUGCCCCUGAGAUUAUUGCAGCCACACAAAGAUGCAGACUGGAAGAUGACCUGCUCGACUCGAUAAAAGUUCCUAUUCUGUGCAAAAAGGUCUCUAUCAGUGCGGACGUCGUCCACCCUUUUCUGCGUUUCCGUACCAGGUCCGAUAUUCCACAGUCGUUGGUAUGGGGGGUACUUUCCUCAAUGGAAAGAUGCAUCAUCUCCCUACACACCGUCUGUAUUCGAGCUACCAACGAGCAAGCUCGGGAGCUGGGCCUCUUUGGCAACGGUGACGAGCCAACACAGUUGAUCGACCCGUUUGACAAGGCAGCUAUCAAUCGAUUCAGACAGCUCUGGAUGAUCACAAAACAAGAGGUAUCUUCAGUCAAGUUUUUCGAUACAAUCGACACUGAAAGAUUCACUUUUCGAGUGGAAAGGUGGCUCGCGGAGAUGUCAGCGGAGUACAUCGAUUUCAAAUGGACCGAUCCACCAUUCCCAACCCCAGCACCGCAGGUUAUAACUGAAGCACUUCGUCGGUACCCAGCUCAAAGACACAACCCUGACACUAAACAAUAUCUCGUUGGAUUUCCCACUCUGGAGCUGAGGAUCAUGUUUCGACUCUGCCCACCUGCAGUGGGCGAUCCGGUGAUUACAUAA